AUGCCGGCCAACUUCGCCAAUAAGAUCCCAGAUACUUGGUCGUUUGAGGAAUCUGCAGGUCUCAUGAUAUUUUAUGCCACGGUUAUCUGGUGUUUUGAUGUUGUUGGAGAACUCCGCAAGGGUCAGACGGUGCUGGUUCAUUCAGCCUUUGGUGGAGUGGGACUGGCUGCAAUUCAGUUCUGUGAAAUGAGAGGAGCUCAGGUUUACGCUACUGUGGGCAGCGAAGAGAAGGUGCGGUAUCUUGUUAAUGGGUGCCAUAUUCCUCGCUCCCGUAUAUUCUACUCUCGAGAUACGUCCUUUUACCGUGACCUUAUGCGGGAGACCAAUAAUAGAGGAGUCGACAUAGUUUUGAGCUCUCUUCCAGGCAAGCUCCUGCAUGCCCCAUGGAAGUGUGUUGCUCCAGGAGGGAAAAUGUUUGAUAUCGGAAAGAGGGACGUCCUGGGCCAUUCCAUCUUGCCCAUGAACCCUUUCGACCAAGCACGAUCGUCCUACACCAGACCUACUUCAAGUCAUGCAAAGCAACCUUGA